AUGGCCGGAUGCGUCGUGGCAGACCUCCUCUCGGUCACGGUCCCGCACGGGGAUCCACCUCCUUCGGCCCUGGCCAGCGCAGUCGUCGCGGCCUUGGCGGGCGAGAUAGACCCGGCUCUGAAAGCAGCGGCGGCGAAGCUUGCACGGCAGAGUCACAAAAAAGCGCUCGCAGACCUUGCGGCCACGAUCUCGGCGAGACGACGGCGCGUGAACGUGCUCAAGUGCAGGAAAAAGGACUAUGCGGCAGCGGCUGCCGCACACUUGGUCCGUGGGUUUCAGGAACAUUUGGAUCCCGGCCGCUGGAGGAUGCUAACGACGUGGCUCGAGCGCUCACCGACGCUAGCAGCAGCUCUGCAAGCGGCGACAGGCGACUUGGUGGAUGGCGAGGACGGCAGUGAGGCGGAGGCGGCGGAGGCGGUGGCAGGCCUAGCGCGUGCUCCGGCGCAAGCGCUGGGGCGGGCACCGCUCGUGGAGGGCGGCGGGAAGGGGAACGGCGUGGUGGUAUCCGUCGCCGCAACCGUCGUGGAUGACGACGCGUCGGACGCCGGCUCCUCGGGCAGCGCCGCGUGGGUCGACGCCGAGGCCAUUGAGGUGGACGCCGACGAGGCAAUCGGCGCGGCGGGCGGUGCGUCCGAGCUCUUCAUCGCCGCCUCCGCCACGCCGCCGCCGCCCGCCGGCUGGGAGUGGCCGCGCAAAGGGGACGAGAUUGAGGUGGAUGAGGACGGACUGUCGACCGUGUGCCGCCGUGCGACCGUCACGGCCGUCAUGGCGGAUGGCUGGUUCCAGGCGGUGGCCCGCUCGCCGUCCGAUGAGGCAGUCUGUCACUGGUUCACGUGGCGCGAAGAGGGCACCGACUGGCGGCGUGCGGCGCCCUCUCCUCUGGCGACGUCUGCACCGCUCAGCGCGCCACGAGGGCGGCUCUGCGGCAACACGCACGAGCGCGUCGGCGGCGCCUUUGGGUGCAUUCUGCCGGCAGGCCAUGCCGGGCCGCAUGACUACGCGCCGCGGAGAGAGCGGCGCUCCGCAAAGCGGCCGCUCGAUGCAUCGGCGACAGCCGGCCCGGCGUGCCGGCGAGCCUUGCAUCUGGCUGUGGUGUCUGAAACCGCACUUGUCUCGAUGCAUCGGCGUGUGCUGAUCGUGCGCCGCGUGGGCCAGUCGACGGGCUGUCAGAUCAACUUUCCGCAGUCGCACGCCGAACUCCUCAGCAAAGCUAGCGAUAAGCUGCAGCUUACGACGCCGGCGACGCUCUGCUUCACUGAGACGGGCGAUUUGGUCCUCGCCGAUGACUUUGAGACCAUUGAGAGCGGUGACACGACCUAUGUCUCGUGCGGCGAGCCCUGGGUGCCGCCUGAGCAAGCCACACAGGGCUUUGCGAAGCGCAAGCACGGCCUGCUCAGUGAGCUCGCGCAGGACGGCAAAGUGAGCCUGCACGAUGCAGACGCAGCAAUCCAAGACCGCAUCAAGAAUGAGGCGUCGCCCAUCCUCAACAAGGCGUGCGAUGCGACCAAGCACACCGUGCUGCUCCGCCUCGGCGACCAGGGAUGCAAGUGGGGCUACGAAGCGAUGGAGAGCGCAGUCUCCCCCGCGUUCGACUCGCUGCUCGAAACCGAGCCGCUGUUCAAAGAUGUGCUCGCUGAGGCGGUGCCGUGGGGCGGGGUUGUGGAGUAG